UCAAUCAAUCGAUCCAUUUCUAUGAAAUUCUUCCUCUGUACUUGAAUGAAUUCGAUCAAUGCCGCUUCGGUUCUUGUCGUGGGUUGCGAUUCGUCGAGAUCCAGCUUGUGUGUGAACAGAGAUGGCUGGCUGUCGGAAAUUUCUGGCCGGCACUUUGCGGCUCUACUUGACGUGUAUACGCAAUACCCUCGAAGCCGCCAUGUGUCUGCAGAAUUUUCCCUGUCAAGAAGUUGAGAGGCAUAACAAACCAGAGGUUGAGCUAAAGACCAGUUCUGAACUUAUAUUAAAUCCUAUUUUGAUAUGUAGGAAUGAGGCCGAGAAAUGCUUGAUAGAAACUUCUAUCAAUUCAUUGCGUAUAAGCCUUAAGGUAAGGCAGGCAGAUGAACUUGAAAACAUAUUAACCAAAAAGUUUCUAAGAUUCUUGUCUAUGAGAGCAGAGGCAUUUCAAGUGUUGAGGAGGAAGCCAGUCCCGGGUUACGACAUAAGCUUCCUUAUUACAAAUUACCACUGCGAGGACAUGCAGAAGAGCAAGCUGAUAGAUUUUAUAGUGCAAUUUAUGGAGGAUAUCGAUAAGGAGAUAAGCGAGCUGAAAAUGUCGGUGAAUACACGUGGUAGACUGGUGGCUGCAGAGUUUCUGAAGCAAUUCAUCUAAUGCUUUAAGGCCCUUAAUUUUCAUCAGUCAACAUCGACUCGGUUGAGUUGAUUGCCAGAGUUUUAUACUCGGCUGUAUAAUCCCUCUCAGAGGAAUAACUUCCGCCCUUUGUGUAUAUAUACAAGAAUGAACGGUGGUUGGAACUGCACCAACCGAGGAUCUGAAAGCCCAAAUUUCCCAGUUGACUGCUCUUUCAAAUGAGUAGUCGACCGUUGGGCGGGUUCAAAAUUCUAACCGACCAUGGAAUUGUAUGGAUUUCAAUCCUUUUAAUCCUACCAUCCAUCUCUUUGUAAUAGCAAA